CAAGGAUAAUGAGUGUUUUGUUUCUCAGACCUACCAACAAUGGUGUGGGGUUGAGUGUGUUGUUUCUAUUUGAAGACAAAAAUAAAUAGUCGAUGUUUUGCUUUCAGUUGCCUGAGCUCAGAAAAGAGCUCGUUAUCUGGAUGGAACCUUGGUUAAAAUGAAGUCAUUUAUUUUAAGUCUUUUGCUUGUAGGCCUACCUGGUGCAUCUUGUUUUGAAACACACGGAGUGUCAGAAUUGGAGGGAAAUUCAGUCACUCUACACACUGAUGUUAAAACAAGUCAACGAGACAGAAUUAGAUGGUAUUUCAACGACACUCGCAUUGCUCAAAUCAGUGGUGAUCUCAGAAAGAUCUGUACAGAUGUUCAGUGUAAUGAAGGAAAUGAGAGAUUCAGAGACAGACUGAAGCUGGAUCAUCAGACUGGAUCUCUGACCAUCACACACACCAGAACCACAGACUCUGGACUUUAUCAUCAAGAGACCAUAACCAGCGGCAAAAUCAGUGAAAAGAUCUUCAAUGUCACGAUCACUGGUCGUCCUGGCUCAGAGGCAGCGCAGAUGAAGAGAAGGAUGGAGGGAGCAUCAGACACUUUAGACAAUGCUAUAGAACCUCCAACACUAGAUCAAGCUUCAGUUGAUAGAACAAGAGUAAUUAUAUGUGCUGUACUGCUGUCACUGAUUCUGCCUUCUGUUGCUGCUUGUGUGGGUUAUGGUCUCUGCAGGCGUUUUCAACAAAAUAAACUAAAUAGUAAAAACAAAGGAGCGACCAGAGAGACAUACGAUGAUGAGAAGAUUGCAUCAUCAGAAAUGAUGGAAAUUGUAGACUAUCAGUCGUCAAAAGUGGAGAAACAUAAUUCAAGAGAUGCAGUGUCUUUGAAUGUCAUCACUGUGUGAUGGAAAUUAUCUCCUGCACUUGAACAAGAAUAGUAGCUGGGAGGAGAACAUCUGGCCAUCCCUUGAAGAACGGGGAAUCUGGACAUGCUCCAGCACAGACCCUCCCUGAGUCCCCUGACUGCUUUUGACCAUAAUUCAAUGAUGGUAUCAACAAGGAAAGACAGAUAUAUGUUAACCAGACCUCAACAAACCUACAGCACAGACAUCCUGGUGACCUCAUAACAAAACUCCUUUUCUUUACUGCCUUCCAAAGGAAUGCGCCUCUUUUCUCUUCUUCUCAUAAAAAAACAGAGAACACCCAAACUUCUAUGGACUUUGCCCAAAAGGACAAUCCAGAAAAGACUGCUGCUAUUAAAGCAAUAUACUCAAGAGACAAUAUAUAUAUAUGAAUGUGGUAUUUUAUGUUUCGUUUAUCCUACUGUAGUUAUCAGAACUUAGGAUAUUUUAAUCUAUGACUUAACCCGUUUAGUAGGUAAAAUUAUAGAUAUUCGAUGUGACAACUAUCUCAUGUUUGGUAUUGAAUUAUACGUUAUUUUUUUAUUACAAUAACUACAGUAUAAGGAUGAAUGUUGACUUUUAGCAUCAUAAGGUAUGAUUAUAACACUUUAUAGAAAUCUGCUAGGAUAUUUGGCUCAUGUGACAUAUUUAUUAGCAGAUAAUGUAUGCACGAAAAAGAAGUCGUGCUGGGUGGGCCUCCGCCCUACAGAGACAAUGUGAUUGGGUCAGACAGUGAAUAGGAUGGACUUAAUUCUGUCCGAUAAAAACAGACACCCAACUUUGCAAAGUGUUGGGUUGGGACCACUGAGAACAACAACUGGGGUUGAACGGGUUGAACAACUGGUGAAACUGCAAGGAAACAUCUGGCUGAUCAUCAAAAAGACUUCAACACUCUGUCCACGUCUGACCAAAGUAACUUGCAAAGCUGCUGCGUAAGAACUUCAAACUUGUCAUUCGCGCGCUGUUCAAGAAGCCAUCAAAUCCAAAAGGAGGAAUCCCGAGUGACGUCACGCGACAACAACACAUCAGCAGGAAAGUUCGGGGCUUCCCUCCAGCAACUCCUCAAGAAGUACAGCCUUCAAAUCAAUUUCAACUCAAAGCAAGUAAAACAAACAAAUCUUUAAUUCGCUGAGCUGAUUGAAUUGAAUGAAUCAUUAAAAGAUAACGAUAACCGAGUCUUCUGUUUGUGACUUCCAAGGUCGUUAAGCUAUUCUCAGGAAAAGAGAAUAGCUUAACUUUCUUCAAACUGCUUUGAUCUUGCCAUAACGUAUGUGUGUGUGUGUAUGUGUUUUGUUUUGUAGUGUACCUUAGAAUAGUAA